CUGACAGCCAGCGUGGGAAUUUCGGAUGAAUAAGGCGAGCGCGUCGUCGCGCGUGUGUCCCCCUCCAAAGCCUGUAACGCGCUCCUCCCCGUUCCACACAGGCGAACAGCAACACCCACAACUCGCUGCCAACAGCAGCCAUCCUAGGCAAGCCUUGCAACGCCUGUAAAGGCUCCCCUGCGGCAUACUUGUAAAUAGGCUGUAAAAUACACUCAGGCAAAGCAGUGACAGACGCGCUCCACAUGGUGACUCCAUCGUCCUCGGUGACCUCAGCGUCCCCGCCGGCGAGCUAUCUGCAGCCAGGCAGCCCAGUCUGUAUCCACAGACAUCGACCCUCUGGAGAGAGAAGAGAGAGAGAAAGCCAUCCAGAAAUUCAUGGCAAGCGCUGAACUCUCAGUGGUUGUACGCGGUCUUCGCGCCCGCCUCUCUUAUGCCUCCUACAAGGCUACUCAUAACAUCCCACACGUUCCUAUUAAUGAUUUGGAGGCAAAGGCCCAUCCUCUGUCUGCUGCCCCAGUCCGCUUGAUCGGAACCAAGCGGAAAGCAUCCGGGCCAAGUCAUUACUAUGGUAGCCCUUCUACCCAAGGAGUAACUGCACGGAGAGGCGGUAACGCGCCAUCCUCAGUCGCAUCAUCAUCAACUCAUUCUGGCGCCACACGUUUCCGUUACGCUGAUGUCCCAGGCGCAGUCACGAACUCCGCCCAUAACUUGUACAGUGCCCUCCUGGGGCCUCCACCAUUGAAGCAAGCACGGACAGUGCACAACUCGAAGGACCCGCCGGUCCCGGCUGCGUCUCGUUCGUCAGCCGGGUCUCGUUCUCGGCAGGGACACCGAGGCACCGCACCUCCUUCCCCUGCAGUACGCAGCGUUGCAGAGGGUACGCGUGCUCAUUCGCGUAGCAGGAAAGCGGCGACCGGUCGGUCCAAGCUUGCGAAGUCCCACAAGGGCAAGCAAAGGGAGUCCGCAGAAGAGACCGCGGAUGUAGAGAGGCAGGCCGUAGCCACCUUGACAUCGCUUCUGCAGUCGCGUCCCUCUGCAGCAAGCAUCUCUUCACCUCGCUCCAGCCUUUCGACCAUAUCUGACUCGGGGUCGUUCCACUCGUUCACGCACUACGGCCAAGGCGCAGGCGUGACUGCACCUCAGUCGUUGUUGCCAUCCGCGGAUUCCUUCAAUACACACCAUACCACCAGAGCAGCUACACCGCCACGAGGCAGUGCUGACAACCUCCAUACGACUCCACGUGCUGACGAUGAGGAAGCUGCAAAUCUCAUGCUCUACCUGCAUACGUCACCGUCACCUCUGCGGCCCACUACUACACGGGACAAAGACGCAAAGGAUUUAGCAGCCUUUGGAGCUCUGAGAGGUGCGAACUCUCUUCGUGCUAAAGGAAGAGUUCUUUUUGCGGGAUCGGAAGGCAGUACUAGUCCCCUUAAAAGCGAAAGCAGUCUCACGGUUGAUAGUUUUCCCGCCAGUCAAAGUUCUCAAUUAACUCAGUCAUUUCACUUGGAACCUCCCAACGAUAGUGGUGGAACGGCGGUGGCGGAACCAACAGUUAUCCCGCCAACACCGGACUCUCCAGCGCCGCCGUCUUCACAGCUACUCCCGUCCCCGCCAUCUCCUUCAAGGGCAACAGAACUGUCUGCUUCACCGGGAUCCUUUCAAGCACCUCCGACUCCCGGGAAUGUUCCGUUUAAUCUCAAUGAUUUUAUCAAUGUUUCGCCCUCGCCAGCCGCAACCACUGUCCCUCGAUCCGCGAUCUCCUUGAGGUCUGGGUUGGGGGCGAAUCUACGCACAGAUCUGGGACGCAAGCUUUUCGAAGAAGAGCAGCACCGUCACCAUCAUCUGGGCCCUGGCCCAUCUUCGAACGAUGGCUUGCGGAGCGGAAAUGGUACAGGUGUUCUGGGGGCAAGCAUCAAUCUGGCGAAUGGCUGAUCUUUGGAGACGUUGUGUCCUCGUCCUUCUUGUCCAACUAUUGGUUUUCACGUGACGGAUUUUAUCGACAUUCCUUGCAUCGAUUCACUCGGAACACCAAGCUGUCUGUUGUUGUAUCAACACGCACCCAAGACAUCUGUAUCGAUCCUUACAAUUGGCUGGAUAGCGCUAGCGAAGCCAAUCUAUUCUAGGUUGUUUUUGUCUUCAUCUCUUGGCGGCACAUGGACGCUACAUAUCAUGACAACCAUAUGAGAUAACGAAGGUUUUUCCAAAGCAA